UCAUGCGAGAUUUGAGCAGCGCGCGAGAGUUCUUUGGUAUCCAAGGAGACGACGGCAGCGUUCGGUAUCUUUACGGGUAGGAAGGGGCGGUGGAGUUUGUGUGUGUGUUCUUUCCUGUGGUGAUGCUUGUGUUUUGCAGAGACCAUUUUACACGAUGGACCUGCCGGAGACGAUCAGAAAACGUUUAGAAGACUUCUCUCGGAACGUGUUGUUCGACCAGAGUCGGACUCAGCCUCUCUCAAAGGAGAAUGACGCGUUUUUGCCACACGACAAGCGGGUUCUGUCAAGUCUCCAGCUCCAGAUGUCUCUGUACUUUAACAUGUGGUUCUUCCCCUGGUGGUGGAUCAGUGAAAUUGUAAUGCUGCACCUUAAGUAUCCUGCCUUGCCAGACUACUACAAGUUCAUCCUUGUGACUGUUCUCAUCGUGAUGACUCUGAUCGAGGCCAUUAGACUUUAUCUCGGUUAUGCUGGGAAUCUGCAAGAAAAGGUCCCAGAGUUGGCUGGAUUUUGGCUGCUGAGCAUCCUGCUGCAGUUUCCACUGAUCCUGUUUCAGCUGUUUAAUGAAGCCAUUCUCAUACAGCCGCUGGAGAGAGGCGUUCACAUAGUUCUUGCUAUAUUCAUACUCACACAGGCCCUCUCUGGUUUUGUGGCGCUCCGAGACAUGGUCAGACACACAGAAAGCCAAUUUCAUCUCCGACAGUUUGACUGACUUGUGAGGCUCUGACUUCCCUGCCAUAUCUGGACACACCAGGACACAUCCUUACUUAACACCUCCCAGACUCCGACUCCCAGAGACUGACAACAAAAAUUAUCUAUCACUUUUUGUAUUAAACGCAGCACCUGGGAUGUUUGCUGCCCACGGCUGAUUAUU